UUCGCUUAACCCAAAGUUCAAUCCUUAUCGCAUCACAUAAAACCAGAACUCUCGCCACAUCAUCAUCAUCAUCAACACCACCGCGCAAGAGUCGCUUCACCAAGAGAAACAUCAUCGCGGGCAUCCUCCUUUUCACCGGUUCAGCCGCUGCAUUCGGCUCAUCCACACAAACCAUGUCGUCCAAACUCAUUCCACCCAACCCCGACGAGGUGAUGGUGAUCCGCGACCUCAGCCCCAACGUCGUGACCUUCUCGGUACCCUUCCUCCGCUUCGGGCGCAUCCCCAUCGGCGGGCGCGGCACCCUCAUCCGCCUCACCUCCGGCUCUCUCGCCGUCUUCUCCCCCGUAGCGCACACCGCCGCCACCGCCGCCAAGGUGGCCUCCCUCGGCGGCGACGUGCGCUACAUCGUGGCCACCGACAUCGAGCACCACAUCUUCCUGUCCGAGUGGGCGGCCGCCUACCCGCACGCCAAGCUGAUCGGCCCGGAGGGCCUGCCCGAGAAGCGGCUCGCCGCCGCGGCGCAGGGCGAUGAUCCGCGGAUUGGGACGGAGGGGUUUGGGGUGGUGGUGAAUAAGGGGAAUGGGCGGGAUGCGGGGGCGGUGGGGGAGGAUUUCGGGCGGGAUUUCGAGAUGGAGUAUUUUGCGGGGCAUCCGAAUCGGGAGGUGGUGUUCUUGUGGAAGCCGGAGGGGGUGGUGGUGCAGGCGGAUUUGGUGUUCAACCUGCCGGCGACGGAGCAGUACUCGCGCGUGCCCGAGGCGGAGAGGCCGCGGUUGGGCGUGUUGGGGAAGGUGUUUAGCAGCUUUCAGACGACGGCGGGGGAUGCGCUGGGGAUGAAGAGGUUCCUGUGGUACGUGGCGAGCAGGAAUGAUCGGGCCGGGUUUGAUGAGAGCGUGGCGAGGAUGGCGCGGUGGGAGUUUGAUACCAUUGUGCCCUGUCAUGGGGAGACGAUUGUGGGGGACGGGAAGGCGGUGUUUGAGAAGGUGUUUGCGUGGCAUUUGGAGGGCAAGGGGAAGGGGAAGUGAGAGGCGUGGAUUGAUGUGUAAUUCUAGGUUGUAUUAUGGGUUUGUAAACAUGUGUGUGUGGAUAGCGUUGGGGGUAGAUCGGUCGACAAGGAGUUAUGUGAUAUCCCUACCCUUUUCCAGACUGCUACAAACCAUCUCUGUCGGAUAGUUUCCAUUGCUAACUCUCGCGAGAUGGGUGUGACAAGGUUGUCCCCCUCGUCAUGCUGGCUUCGAUUCCGCCUCGAAGUUCGCUAUGGAAGGGUAGGUGUCUGACAACAUAAAAACCGCCGACCCGGGCCCGGAGCCUGUGCGGCAGAAGAAGCAUCAUUGAAAUAUUUUGUACGCAACUUGAAUGGUUA